AUGUCAGAACAUAUUGGUGCAAUAGAGAUUCGAGGAGGUACAUUUAAGAAAUUUACAAAAGUCCAAAUGGAAUGUAAAAAUGAUUGUCUUAAAAUAUAUCACCAAGGAGAUCGUUUAAAAGAGAAGAUAAGUAUUACAAUGAGUGUUGCAAUAUUUCAUAAGAAACUUACAUGGCUUAAAAAAUUUCCUAAAGAACAAGAAGAACUUGCUUUUGAAAUUGCUUAUGAUAAGUUAUAUCAAUUUAUUUGUCCAAAUUAUAUUGAAUAUUCUUCUUGGCUUAAUAUCAUCCCUUUAAAAAUGAGAUGUAAUGAGGUGUUUGGAGUUCCAUUGAGUGUUGGAGUAAAGAAAAGUGGUUGGAGAUUUCCACUUCCUAUUUAUCGAUGUUUAGAAUAUUUAGAGAAAAAUGAUGGAUUAAGAGCAGAAGGGAUUUUCAGAUUAUCUUCUUCUAUUGAUGAAACAAAACGUUUAAAAGAAAUAUUUGAUGGUGGACAAGAUGUUACAAUGCAAAUUAUUGGAGAUGUACAUGUAGCUGCCGGUUUAAUAAAAUUAUAUUUACGUGAACUUCCUGAUUCUUUAAUUCCUAAAAGUAUGUACAAUACAUUUUUAGAAUUAUCAACAUCAUCUGACCUUAACAAAGAUAUUAAAAAACAAAUACAAACAUUUCCUGAUAUUAAUAAGAACACUCUAUGGUUGAUUAUGCGUUUUCUUUCUAAAGUUAUUCAAAACACUUCUGUUAAUCAAAUGACAAGUUCUAAUCUUUGUGUCUGUUUUAGUCCAUCAUUAUUUAGAAGUCCAGACAAUGAUAUGACUAGAGAAAUGACUGAUACACCAAAACUUCGUACUAUAAUAGAUUCAAUGAUUACUCAUUUUACUGAUAUUUUCUAUGAAAUAGAAAAAGAAAAUCAUAAACUUGGAAUAAUACCACCAACUUAUCCUGCAAUAAUUCCUAUCUCAUCUAUUUCUUCUGAAAUGAUUUCAGAUGCUGUGAAUAAAAGAAAUCAAUCAUUAGUCUCUAAAAUUGAAAAUAUUAGUCCUUCAUUUGAUAGUAAUACUUCUGAAAACCCAGUCAAUUCCAAACCAUUACAACCAGUUAUGCAAUCUGUUUAUGUUAGUCAAUAUCAAAAAUAUCAAUCAACAAGUCCACAACAAGACCAGUCAAUCCCCAACACUACCUUUUUACCCUCUAAAUCAAGAAAUGCUUUUCUUCAACACCUUAAUCAACCAACAACUACUGGACCUCGUUCAAGUCAAAUUAGUACAUCUUCUCCUAAUGGAUUUCUUAGUAGGCAAUAUAGUCACACAACAAAUCAGUCUAGUGGUUCUACAAUUAAUAUUGGAACAAGAAACUCACCUCCUUCUCCAAUUCGUAACGUAGAGAUACCUGAUGAAGUCCAACAAAUUCCACUUAUUCCUCAUUCGGAACAACAGGCAUCUUCACCUAGUACUAAAUCACCUGAGCAACAACAAAAAGCAAAAAUUAAUGCAUUUGCUGGAGCACGAAUUACUACUCGUUGUGCCUCUCAGUAUUAUGUUCAUGAUACUUCUCUUCAAGCACUUAUUUUACCACCGAUAAAUGAUAGUAUGAAUGAUACUCAAAAAGUGCAGUCAUUACAAAGGAGGGUUGAUGCCUUAAUAUCAAAAGCAGUUGAACAAGACAAAAUUAUUUAUGAAUUUCAUCAAAAGUUAAUUUCCCUUGGUGUUACUGAAGAAGAAAUAGAAGUACUUUCAAAUCAAAAAUCAUCACCUCCAACUAAUCAACCAAGACGUUCUGUUUUGUUUAGAACUACAGAAAAAUCUGCUGCACGGGGUACUUUUCUUGGAAGAGGAAGGGUACAACAAACUCAACUACCAACUCAACCACAAGAAGGACCUUCUGUAGAAGAAGAACACUAA